UUGGUGUCGGGUGUUUGUAGGUCAUGCUUCUGCGACUUGUACCACGUGUACGGCAGGCUUACUGCCAGAGCGUGGAAAUUUUUUGCUCGUUAGAUGUUGGUACAGCCCCAGGCCGAUUGUUUAUUGUCAAGAAAGCCUUGCAGGGUACUUCAGGUAGAGCAUCUUACACCACUGGUAUGGCAAUGGGAAGCUACAGGACAGAAUCUGACAGUUUUGGGGAACUCCAGGUCCCAGCAGACAAAUACUACGGCGCUAAUACAGCCAGAUCACUGAUCAAUUUUAACAUUGGAGGAGAACAAGAGCGAAUGCCUGCACCGGUAAUAUGUGCAUUUGGGACCUUGAAAAGAGCUGCUGCCCAAGUGAAUAAGGAAUAUGGACUGGAUGCUAAGCUGGUGGAGGCGAUUGUAGAGGCAGCGGAUGAGGUGAGAUCUGGGAAGCUGUAUGAUCACUUCCCCCUGGUGGUCUGGCAGACAGGCUCGGGCACCCAGACUAACAUGAAUGUUAAUGAGGUGAUCAGUAACCGGGCAAUAGAGCUCCUGGGUGGGCAGCUGGGCAGCAAAAUACCUGUUCAUCCGAAUGACCAUGUCAACAUGAGCCAGAGCUCAAAUGACACCUUUCCAACUGCAAUGCACAUAGCGGUGGCUACAGAGAUAGACACAGUGUUGCUACCAGGAUUGAAGCUGUUACAGAAAGCCAUCCAAUCAAAAUCAGAGGAAUUCAAACAUAUUAUCAAGAUUGGGAGAACCCAUUGUCAGGAUGCGGUACCUUUAACGUUAGGGCAGGAGUUUGGUGGCUAUCUACAACAGCUGAACAAUGGUGUGGACAGGAUCAACUCCACUCUUCCCAGAUUGUACCAGCUGGCUGCUGGUGGCACGGCUGUGGGCACGGGCCUCAACACCAGAGUUGGAUUUGCAGAGAAAGUAGCUGCUAAUAUUGCCACACUCACAGGCUUACCAUUUGUGACAGCAGAGAACAAAUUUGAGGCCUUGUCUUCCCAUGAUUCUCUAGUAGAGGUACAUGGAGCGUUGAGUGUGUUAGCAGUUAGCCUAAUGAAGAUUGCCAAUGACAUCCGUCUGCUAGGGUCAGGGCCUCGCUGCGGGCUUGGGGAACUAUCUCUACCAGAAAAUGAACCAGGGAGUAGUAUAAUGCCAGGUAAGGUGAACCCGACGCAGUGUGAAGCAGUUACCAUGGUAGCAGCUCAGGUGAUGGGGAACCAUACAGCAGUGACCAUUGGUUGCAGCAAUGGACACUUUGAACUGAACGUUUACAAGCCAAUGAUUGUGCGGAAUGUUCUUCAGUCCAUCAGAUUGUUGGGAGAUUCUUGUCGCUCGUUUGCCAACAACUGCGUCAUUGGCAUCAAAGCAAAUGAAAGUCGCAUCAGUCAGCUGUUGAAUGAAUCUCUUAUGCUGGUCACAGCUCUGAAUCCACAUAUUGGUUACGAUAAUGCCAGUAAAAUUGCCAAAUUGGCCCAUAAAGAAGGGACAACUCUUAAAGAAGCCGCUCUGAAGCUGGGCAUUCUGACGUCAGAGCAGUUUGACGAAUGGGUGAGACCAGAGAACAUGAUUGGUCCAAAAUAAUGAUCUCAACCAUUCAGCUGCUUUGCAUUUAUGGCCAAUUGAUAUGUAAAUUUUGAAGUCCUGAGCACUUUGACCCUCAACAGUAGAUCUAGAUAGUUAAUACGUAGAAGAUAACAAGCCUUCCUGGUAUAAAAAUGCAUACAAAAUUCAGCCUUCAAUAUGCUACGAGGCUUAAAGCUCAUCAUACAGACUCUGCUGACGAUGGGAUUAUUUAAAGUACAUUUAUUUGUCGAUAAAAAACAAGCUCAGACGAUCUCCGUUUGGUGGUGUUCAUGACCCUAAUAGCGGGAGCUAACGUCAAGCUAGAGGGAAUCUAAUCAGCUGCUUUGCAUUUAUGGCCAAUUGAAAUAUAAAUUCUGGUCAUUGUCCAACCCCCAGUUAUCCCCAGUUUCUAUUGCCUUCAUGUUAAAAAAGAGCUUCCUCCCUCAUGUUUUGAGAACUUCUGAGAUACCUGUCUUCUUGGCUUAAUUGAUUUUGAAGCUGAAAUAUGCAAUAUACUGCAAUGCAAGUUGUCAAAUACCAGUAUAUAGUUUUAUACUCAUAUAAAUUGCCUUCAGAUAUUCAAAUCGUGUCUUUUCUUAAAGGAAGACUAUUUUAAAAUACCAUCUUUGAACUGUUAAUAGGGAGUUAAUGGCUUUCAGUACACAGGUGACUUGCUCCCAUUUUCUUCUAUGACUCAACAUUUAUUAUUUAAACACCUGACCAGGUAAAUUUUACAGUUGUCCAUGUGCUAUUUUGUAACAGAAGUUACAAAGCUCAAGCUGUCACACCUGAUGGUACAUUCUAUAUUACUAGUAUUGCUUGGUGGGUCGCGAAGACUGUGAAUUCUCCACGGGUGUGGGAGUAUCAUCACUGUUACCAUUUAUCACAAGGCAGUUCAUGCUGAAGGGUUGUGGAGCAUAUAUACAAAGGUAUAUACAGGAUAGAUUAUGCAAUAUUGUUGUAUUAGAACUGUUUACUUUUAAAUUACCAGUAUUAAUAUACAUGUAUUAUAUUCUACAGAAAUGAGUUGAGAAUUCACCUUUGGAAAGAUUGUUCAUUAUUGUUGAUUUACACGUUUCGAAUAUGCAUGCUUUGGCAUUCCACUAAUUUGCAAGCCAGGCCAGUGAUGACAUAGUCAGGCAUGUCAUGAUGUGGGGAUAAAUAGGCCCACAUAUAACUGCAGCCUGCAGUUCUCUUCAAUUCAGUUGCAGAAGAUGCUUUAACGAGUACCAGGUCUGUUACAAUUUGUAACCCUCCGUGAUGUGAAUAAUUACUAUUUUAUGUGUAAAACAUGGACUAAUAUAUUCCAAGAGCAGUUCAUGUUUUCAUCAUUUAUAUAAAUGUUUAAUUUAUUUUUCACCUUGCUACAACGUGUAAACCUCUUGAUUUUAUAACAGUUGUAAGAAACUUGAAAUUUAACAUCAUGUGAAAGGGAAUAAUCCAGCCUCAGAAAAGUUGUUGAUGAGUGGAUAAAUAGCCCAAUUCUAGUGCUAUAUUGGAUGUUUACUCCCUAAUGUCACAUGUCAACCAUACCAGUGAUCCAUUUCCCAAAGCUGUUUCGGGUUUUAGCCUAAAAUUAUAGUCCAGGUUAAACUCUUAAAUAUUUGCAUCAUUUGGAUAAAAUUGUGAACGUUGAUUGUGUACUGUGGUAGUACAGCUUCACCCAGGAAUGAUCAGCCAGCUUCAAAUAUUUUAUUUUGUAGGUUGAAGUUUUUCACUUUAGCCCGAAAAUGA